AUGUCUAUCGGUCGCUACACAAGGCUGGAUGAGAUCGGCCGAGGGAGCUUUGCUACAGUUUACCAGGGUGUUCAUACUAAAACACGCACGUAUGUCGCCAUAAAGUCGGUCAACCUCUCGAAAUUGAAUAAGAAGUUGAAAGACAACUUGUCUUCUGAAAUUCAUAUCCUCAAAGGCCUCUACCAUCCACACAUCGUUGCACUAAUCGAUUGCCAUGAAACCACCUCCCACAUUCAUCUAGUGAUGGAAUACUGCGCUCUGGGCGACCUGUCCCUAUUCAUUAAGCGUCGAGAUACUCUUGGAGAUCAUAGGUACACACGGGAUAUGAUCGCCAAAUAUCCGAAUCCUCCCGGUGGCGCCCUCAACGAAGUUGUUGUCCGGCAUUUCCUCAAGCAACUGGCGAGCGCCCUGAAGUUUCUUCGCGACCGGAACCUCAUUCAUCGCGAUAUCAAGCCACAAAACCUCCUACUUUGUCCUUCGCCCUCGUCCUAUCGCAGUGGCGUCACUCAAGUAGUUCCAUUCAAAGGCAGCGAAGAUUCCUUUAACCCUGCAACCGGGCUCGAGUCACUACCUCUUCUCAAGAUUGCGGACUUUGGAUUCGCUCGAUCACUUCCUGCUACGUCACUGGCGGAAACAUUAUGUGGUUCGCCCUUGUAUAUGGCUCCCGAGAUCCUCCGGUACGAAAAGUAUGACGCCAAAGCUGACCUGUGGUCCGUUGGCACGGUGCUCUACGAGAUGGUCGUGGGCAAGCCUCCUUUCAGAGCGACAAAUCAUGUGGAACUGCUUCGCAAGAUCGAGAAAGGAGAGGAUAGGAUCAAAUUUCCCGAGGAGAACCCGGCAUCUGAUGAAAUCAAGGCGCUCAUUCGGGCUCUUUUGAAGAGAAAUCCCGUUGAGAGAUUAAACUUUCCCGACUUCUUUGAAAACGGCGUGAUCACAAGUCCUAUUCCUGGCUUAGUGGCCGACGAUCAGCCAUCGAUACCCCGGGGCCCCCCUGCUGAUCCAGAAACAGCAGAAUCAACGCCGAGACCCGAUUCUCGAUCUGGAGCCAUUGUGCCAGGCGGUACGGAGCGCGAAAGAGAGGUUCCAUACUUGCCAAAGGGGGAUGAUGCCCUCACACAGCGGCCGCCUUCUCAAAACCAGAGAUUGGGCACUCCCCCGACUUCAACACCUAUGCGCCGAAUAGGAAGCGGGGACAGGCCUCCAUCUACUCCCAAAGAGCCACUGAUGGCUUACCCUCAAAGACCUAGUGCUGUCAGUCAUGCAACUGCCCCGGGACGACAAGAACUUGUUGAUCGCAAUGCUACAUUUACAGCGAUGGAACGACAGAGGGGUCGGAAUACUUUUUCUGAAGGUUCUCCGCAGAUGGACAGACAGGCGGACAAAUUGAGAGAAGAAAGAGAACGCGCAGCACAAGAUGUUGCUUUCGAGAGGGAUUAUGUUGUUGUGGAAAAGCGUGCGGUGGAAGUGAACGCUUUUGCAGACGAGUUGGCGCAUAGUCCCCGCAUUCAGGGUGGCAUUUCAAGAGGUGCGCAGACGGGUGCCUUAUCCCGUCGAUCAACAGUGCAAGGCCCAACGCCGUUGAACCCAUCACCACCUCAAGCUACUGUUGGAAAGGCCAUGCAGGUCCUUUCUGGACGUUCCCGUGCUGAUUCAAUGCACAACCGUCAGAGCUCAUAUGAGCGCCGAUACGGGCAGAGUCCCACCUCUGCAACGUCUGCCAUUUCGAAGGCGCUCAAUAUGGCCAGUGGGCGCUUGUUUGGCAUGGGAUUUUCUCCACCGCUGGCCAUUACGAAGGGGGGACGGUCGCCUCCCCUCGCUUACAAUCCAUUUCCCGCAUAUCCCGCGCAUGGCAGCUUGAUGAUUGGAGACGGGGCGAAGAACAAUGUGGCUCUGGAUGAGGAUACAAAGACUGUCCAAAUUCUGGAAGAAUGUGCCACUCGCAGUGACGUCGUAUACGGAUUUGCGGAAGUCAAAUAUAAACAGCUCGUUCCCCUUGCCCCGUCGGUCCAGACCGACCCAUCGUCCAAAGGCAAUCUGUCCGGAGAGAGGGAGAAUCCGGACUCGGCUGAUGGAGGUCUCACGGUAGAUGCUAUUGUGACGUUGUCGGAGGAAGCCUUGGUUCUUUAUGUCAAAGCGCUUUCUUUACUGGCGAAAUCGAUGGACAUAGCAGGAGCCUGGUGGGCGCGGAAGAAUCGCGGAGAUGGUUUUGGGGAUUCAGCCAUGAGCAGAGCCGAUGGGGCGAGUACACUUGCUGGAACCCGCAUCAACAAUGUUGUUCAGUGGGUGCGGAACCGAUUCAACGAAGUGUUAGAGAAGGGAGAAUUCGUCCGUCUCAAGCUGGUCGAGGCACAAAAACGGUUGCCGCCCGACCACCCUAGCCAUCCCGACAACCACUCGGUUGGCUCUUCGCUGGGCUCAGGUGCUUCCGUAGACGUUGUUGUGAGCCCCGGCGUCUCCGCAGAGAAACUUAUGUAUGAUCGUGCGCUGGAAAUGAGUCGCACGGCGGCCAUUAACGAGCUCACUGGCGAGGAUCUUUCUGGGUGCGAAAUAGCGUACGUGACGGCCAUUCGAAUGCUGGAAGCUGUACUGGAGAAUGGCGAAGUACCGCGAUUUGGGCAAGACAAAGACGACACGUCCAAGGAUAGUGACAAAAUUGUACUUGAUGCGGUACAGGCUGAAGAACGGCAAGUUGUGAUAAAGCUUGUCUCCAGCAUCCGGAGUCGGCUGGCAGCUCUUCGCAAGAAGCUGGCGAUUCUUGCGAAACGAGCACCGACACCCUCUGCUAAUGUUCCCGGCAAGAUGGCGCCAUCAAAUCCGGUCUCCGUGGGUGCAACACCGCCGAAGUAA